CACACUGUGGGAGUGCAGUAUCAGGGCGAGCAGAAACAUUGUACUUGUAUACAGAAAAUAGUAAUAUGGAUAGUUCGCUCGAAAAAUGUUUCAUUUGUGCAGAAGAGACAUCCCAACAUUUUCGAAAUUUAAUGGAGCUCACUACCAAGUUCUCUGGCACGCUUAUUUUCAAAGUUAUCGAACGCUUUCUUGAAAGAGACCUAUCGGAUAUUGGUACAAGUCUUAUAGUGUCGGUUAUUUGCCAGGAAUGUGUGGUCAAACUUAACGACUACGAUGCGGCUCAUACUAAGGCGCUGAUUAUCCAGAAAGAGUUUACAGAACUUCUGAUCAAGAACAUGACACUUGUUGGGAACAAGGCUGAGCCAAAUCAACAAAUGUUUUUCAAGGAGGAGGACAACGGCUUAUACCUAGAUUAUUUGGUGGAGCUUGAUCAUAUUCAACCGGGGGAUGAGCCCAUUGCGGAUGUGGAAGACAUUAAGACAAUAAUCAAAACGGAAAAGUCAAUCUCACUUAAGUGUAAUACCUGCGGAAUCGGCUUUCAAUCGUUAGAUGAAAUGAGGCAUCACUCUCAUAAGACUACAGUCGAAGAAUUGCAGUUGGAGUUUUUGGGAGAUUCGAUGAAUUUCUGUCUGGACGACAGUGAGUAUGUCGACGAGGAACAUCUAGAUGAAGAAGACAAUCGGGAGGAAGAGAACGAGCAGGAAAACGAUGAUCAACAUUUCGAACAACUAGUUGAUUCGGACUCUGGCGGGACGUUACAAGAAAGUGUUCAGAUCAUCCAAAUGAGAUGCGUCGAUUGUGAUAUUGUGUUUGGUUCUAAAGCUAAGUUGAAGCUACAUAUGAAGGAACAUCAUCCGCUCGUUAAGAGCACUCAUGUAUGCAACAUAUGCGGGUUAGCGUUAAAAACAAAAUCUGCUCUGUCGUCACAUGCAGCCAAACAUAGCCGAGCGUCCAGUUAUGAUUGUACAUUUUGUGGGAAACAGUUUCAACAAAAAGGGGCCCUUGCUCGCCAUGUUCCCAUUCAUACAGGCGAGAAGCCAUAUCAGUGUGAUAAAUGUGGCAAACGGUUCAUUCACUAUUCUUCGUUCCAUAUGCACCAGCUGGCACACGGGAAUAUUCGUGAGAAAAAAUGUGAAAUCUGCGGAUUUAUGCUACGUUCCAGUUCACAUUUGAAGCGACACAUGAGGGUUCACUCUGGAGAGAAACCAUUUGAGUGCCCUACAUGUGGACAAAAAUUUGCCCAAAGAUAUAACAUGAUGACUCACCUAAAGGCACAUCAAGGCAUAUACCGGGACUACUCGAAGGUAUACAAAUGUCCGUUCUGUGUGCAAACUUUUCAACGCAAACUGAAACUUCAAGAGCAUGUGAGUAGGGAACAUAAUACCGUUGUCGAUUCUGCCCUCCUGAAACCUAUGGAUCGUCCAAAGAAAACACCCAUCCUAGCUAAAGUGGAGUUCACUGAUGAUUACCAAGAAGCGAGCGAAUAUACUCUUAAUAAUUGACUAUUCUGUCUGUGAGCGUUUUUCGUUUAAAUAGUAUACGCAAUUUUAUUCGA